GAGAGGAAGUUCUUCAGGAACUUCUGGCAGAGCAGAAACCAGAGGGUUUUUUCUCCUCCUCUGGAGAAGUAGUGAAUCCAGUUCCGUUAACGGAGGAAUAGAGGGGGAACGUCAGCGAACCUGGGGGGAAACGCGAUUUGCGACGCUUUCUACGCCGUUUCUCUUAUGGAAAAACUGGGAAAAGAGUGAACUUUCCUCCGCGCGCCCCGAGGAAAACUUCACCGACAGAAGCGGCGAUGAGAUGCGAGUGAGCUAUGCCUUGUAGAAAUGGACAGAUUGUGUUUAAGCGAAAACAUGGCGUCUGUCUCCCAAAGUUUGGAUUAUUUUCCAGUCUGCUCUUUGCGCUCUGCUGCCUGGAGGCGCGCUCGGGCGUCGCGACAGACGGGAGAGCGUGCAGCCCGUGCCCGGGUAACUGCUCGUGCACGGCGGUGGGACAGCAAAACUCGUGCGUGGUUAAUUGUUCCAGCAUCGGACUCGAUCAGGCCCCAGCGGCGUCAGACCUACCGACCGACACGCACACUCUAGAUCUGUCCAGAAACCACAUUCUCUCAGUGGAUUCCAGCCUCUUUGAUCACCUCACUGCCCUCAAGGAGCUGUAUCUUCAGAGCAAUCGUCUGGUCACUCUUCCUCACGGGAUCUUGGACUGUGGGCCGUUAGCUGUGCUAGAUUUGAGCAACAACCAGAUCACCACCAUUGAGGAACGAACGUGUGAUCAUUUAUUUAAUUUAACUACGAUAGAUCUGAGCUUUAACCCGUUCGUCUGCGACUGUAAGCUGGUGCGCUUGGUGAGCUGGCUGCAGGAUCAGGGCGUUCGGGUGAAGCGACCCAACUCUAUGCUCUGUGACCGGCCGCCCGAGGUGAAAAACCAGCCGCUGCUCAACGUCAGUGUGCACACCUGCGGCCUGACGUACGCAGGCUGUCUGCAGGACGAGGAGCAUGCAGCAGGCGUGGAGCUGGUCAUCUUCUCCUCCUCCACUCCCGGUCCGUUCUCGCGUGAGGAAUGCAACUCUAAAUGCUUCCAUGACAGCCAGCGCUACGGAGGUCUGGGUCAGCAGAGAGAGUGUUUGUGCAGCACCAACUCCGAGCCCAAUCACAUCAGCGAGUCCCAGUGUUCGGCCGCGUGCUCCGACCCGCUGGUCAUGAAGGAGUGCCGCUGGACUGUGGCGCAGGAUGUGUUUCAGGUGAAUUUCUCGGCCUCUCUUCCUUCUCGCCGUGUGUCCGUUCAUUCAGAGGCUGUCCUGUCUGUCGCCUCAUCUGUCUUCCCUGCCUCUUUCUCAUGGGACUUCGGUGACCUUUCGCCCCGGGUUAACACCUCUACGCCCAACACCACGGCGAGGCAUAAGUACGGUGUCCCGGGACGGUACCAGGCUCAGGUGAGUCUCUCCGCGGGUCACCAGGAGAUCGUGGCGCAGGGGAACGUGAGCGUGGAACUGCCCCCUCGACUCGAGCUCCACUGCCCCGAACUCAUAGUGGCCAAUCAGAGCCUGGAGGAGGCGGUUUCUCUGGUCAACUGGGGCGGAGUGGGCAUAACCGUGGACUGGAGGAUCGCAAAGGAUGGGAGAGAGAUAGCAAGAGCGGAGCCGCUGUGUUUGCCAGAUGCGAUCCAUCACGCUGACUCAUCCCGCUGUUUCCUGUUGGUGUCGGAGGAAGUCAGCUGGUCAGAUGCUCGGCGGAAUUGCUCAGCCCGUGGAGGUGAACUCGCAGUGGUGCAUUCCCAAACCGUCCGGGACCUUCUGGCCCCUCGAAUCACACAGGAGCGCGGCGUGUGGUUGGGUUUGAGCGAUCAGUACUCUCCCCGUGUCCUGCGCUGGGUGGACGGUUCGGAGGUCCUGACGGGGGAGGAGGGCACAAGGGACCGGGCCACACUGCAGCCUGGAAAAGUGUGUGUGUCACUGGACGGCAGCGGGCAGCCCAGCUCACACCCCUGCACCGCCAGACGAGCGUUUGCCUGCCAGUUCACACGCCACGUGUGUGUUCCUGACGCCGCUGUGUAUGCGGUGGGCACCGCUGUGUUUCAUUCCCACAGUCCUCUGAACAGCCCCACUGCGACACACUCCUCGGUGCCCAACACACCUGCCAGGAGCGUCGAGCUGCUGCUGUUCCCUGGACUGAGUUUUGUGAACGCGGGGCGUCUGUCGUCUCUGGAGCUGAUCACACACUCUCUGAGCGCAAACACUCAGCUGCGCUUUCAGGUGUACAGACCGUACUGCCAGAGAUUCACACACAAGCUGCUGCCAGGUUGCGGUGACCUCUGCGCCCCCAUCACUGUCUGUCAGGCCCCGGAUGAGUGGAUCAACAACACCUCCAUCCCACCAGCAGCCACAGCGUGUCCAGCGGGACGUCAGUACUGUCUGUACGCUGAGCGCUGUCUGCCCUUGGCCAGCCCGUGUCAUCCCGGGGCUUGUGUGAACUGUUCUGGGUUCAGUCCUCUGCCUGCGGGCACACAGUACCCAGAUUACAGACUCGUCGGGGAGGUGCUGAUCUCCAUACCGGCCGGACCACCAUCCAACAUCCUGGUCCAGGACAACAUAGAGGUCCUGUUAGUUUCCCCUGGUGACUUCAUCGCCCUGCAGCAUGAUGCCGGACCGUCAGGCCUCCUCCAGUGCUCCUCUGAGCCCUCGUCACCAUGGAAACAGAGCGUGCUCAUCCAGAACCGCUCCGAUUGGUGGGAUGCAAACGAGACGCUGCAGGCGGAUGCAGAGGGCAGCUGGGAGGAGGGUGUGGUUUGCCAGGUGAGGGUGCUGUACGUGGGGCAUAACAGCACCGCGCUGCAGGGUCCCUUCCUUCACUCUGGCCUCCCUACGCUUGGCGACUACACUUUGGAAGUGACAUCCAGCGAUGAAGAUUUUCCCGUCACCGCAUCCUGUCCCAUCCACGUCAUUCCUCCUCUGGGCCCAGCCGUGAUCUAUCCCACCAAUCACAACGGGACGGUGUACUUCCUGCCCAAUCAGACGUGGAUUCUCGUCAUGGUCCGUUCGCAACAUGAUGCUCUGAUUGGCCAGCAAGGCAGCAAUGAGACCAUUCCCUUUCACAACUCUUGUCCCGAGAACCUGGUGGCAAAAGUGGCCGAAUGCAGGCAGCCCGGCCCGUACAGCGACACCAUGUUUGCAUGGUUUGACCUCCAGCUUGGGUCCACACCGGAACAGACCAACGUGCUGCUUCACAUCCAGAGCAACGUUACCAAAGCAUCGCUACAAAUUCAGGCGAGGGUGCAAGAACCUCUCCGGGGGCUUGUAAUCAAACCCCAUCCUGCUCACAGAGUCCUCAUGGAGUCCGUAGUGAGUUACAUAGCCUCUGUGGAGGGAGGUACGGACCCAUCGUUCGAAUGGACAGUGGAUGAUAAACCAUACUUCACAUACUAUAACAGCAUGUUAAAUAUCAUCUACCAGAACGCAGCAGUGUACAAACUCACGGUAACGGCUAUGAACCAGGUCAGCAUGCUGACAGAGGACUUCAAUGUCACAGUAGACCACAUGAACCCGAUGACUGAGCCGAUGGUCCAUGGAGUCCCCAAAAUCGUGCAGCAGGGUUUGCCCCUGAACCUCUCUGCGUCGGUGAAGAUAGACAUGGCAGUGGAUGUCAACUUCUGGUGGAAGUUUGGAGAUGGAGGAAACCGUACACAUCAGAUUAAGCCCCCUUACAAUAACCCCUCUAGUAACCAGGUGGUGAUUCGUGAUAAUGUGGAAUACAUUUAUGCACAGCCAGGGGAAUACACCCUGUUGUUCAGGGCUUCCAACCAUUAUGAGAACAAGACAUGCAAGGUUGAUGUAUAUGUCUUUAGCAUUCUGACUAGUGUGCGAAUCGAGAUUGACCCACUCCCACUACAUGCCGAUAAACCAGCUGACUUUGAGGCCCACCCACUACCGUCUCCCUACGGCAUCAUCUACACCUGGAACUUUGGUGACAAUUCGAGUGUACAGCUGGGGCGUGAACGUAGAAUUCCUCACGCGUACGCUCACAGUGGUGUCUACAAUAUCUGCGUGAAUGUCAACAACACCAUUAGCUGGACAGACACCUGCAUGGAAGUUAUCGUCUAUGAGGAUGUUAAGGGCUUGGAGGUGAUGUCAUCUGCUCCCACGGAACGCAACACGCCUACCGUUGUCACAGCAAGUCUGGAAGCAGGCAACAAUGUAACUUGGAGCUUUGACAUGGGUGAUGGCAUGGUGCACACGGUUAUGGAACCCGAAGUUGAAUAUACGUACAGGAAAGAUGGAAACUACACUGUAAAUGUCACCGCAAAGAAUGCUGUGAGCUCUCAAUGGGUCACCAUACCUGUUGAGGUGUUUGUGCUACAAGUGUUAUCACUAGAACCUCCCGGGUGCAUUCGGGAAAACAAAGAGGUACUCUUCCAUGCAUUUGUGUCAGGGAACGCUUCAGGACAUCAGUACGUGUGGAGUUUUGGAGAUGGAAGCCCCAACGAAACUCAGUAUGGAACGUCGAUGAUAACGCACAUGUAUGUUAAGAGUGGCGAGUACAAUCUCUCGCUACUUAUGUCAAGUGAAGCCAACAAGGCAAAUUUUUUCAGAAGGGUCUGCGUCCAACCUGAACUCACAACAGUGUCUUUGUCUUCUCUGAGAACACACAUCAAGCUUGAUGAGGAGAGCAGAUUUACAGUAGCUGCCAUCCCAGAAUUUAACUAUACCUACCUAUGGGAUUUUGGGGUACUUGACUCAAGAGGUCCUGUUCGAGGUGGUAAGGAGAUGGCCUUUACGUUCAAGAGUCCUGGGGAAUAUCUGGUUACGGUUACUGCGCUCAACAACAUCUCCUGUAUCAACGACUCUGUUUCAGUUGUGGUGCAACAAUCUGUCAGUUUUUUGUUGAUCAGCCAUAAUGGAGAUAAAGAGAACAAUCUUUCUUUACACCAAGACUAUGCUUUCAAGGCAUCUUCAGACUCUGAGAAUGCUGUCUACAUCUGGGAUUUUGGAGAUGGCACUCGACUUAAUGGGACAAACGUAUCACACGCUUACAAUUCCUCGGGCAGGUUUAACAUCAGUGUUACAGGCAAGAAUGAAGUGAGUGAGACCAAAAAUGAGAUUUCCGUUGUGGUCUUGGCCCCAAUCACAGGACUGUCAGUAAAUGCUAGCCUUGUUAAUGUCCCUUUGAACACUUCCGUUCACUUUGAGGCACACCUCAACCAAGGAGAUGGUGUAAGGUACUCUUGGAUUCUUUGUGACCGGUGCACAUCUAUCCAAGGCACUCACACCAUGUUCUACACAUUUCGCUCCGUUGGGACUUUCAAUGUCAUCGUUACUGCAGAGAAUGACAUUGGCACUGUUCAGUCAAGCAUUUCCAUCUUUGUGCAGCGUGAGUUGGAGGGCUUGCAGAUAGUGGCUGAUGAGCUUAUUGAAGGAUGCUUUUUUGCAACCAACCGUGUCCUUCACUUGCAAGCCUCAUUAAAAGAGGGCACCAAUAUGACCUUCAGCUGGAACCUUCUGAGGGAACAUGAAAACCAUGGCUACAACUACACGGGCAAGACCAUAGACCACAACUUUUCAACCCCUGGUCCUUGUGAUGUCGUCCUCAAAGCAACCAACUUGCUUGGCCAGCUGAUUGUGAACAAAACUAUUGAGGUUUUGGAUCCUGUAAGGGAGCUGGUCCUUAAGUUUUCACCAAACCCUGCUGCAGUAAAUGCCAUGACAAAUAUGACAGUAUUUGCAAGUAAAGGAACGUCGCUUCAUUACAAAUGGUGGGCAGAUGGUGAACUGUUAACAUCUGAUAUGUCCUCAGUCAUGCACCAUUUCAGAAGCACAGGUUUGAAACUGGUUAAAGUGGAGGUUUCCAACAAAGUCAGCUCAGAAGUGGUCUCAAAGAGGAUCAGCAUUCAAGAACCGAUCUCGGGAUUGACUUUCAUUGCCACAAAUGUUACAGAGAACUUUGUAGCUUCAGGGGACAAUGUUACUUUGCGUGGAGAAACACAGAUGGGCUCCAGCAUUUCGUGGAUGUGGCUAUUGCCAGACAACAUAAAAUCAAACAAGUGCACCACCUCCUACAUCUUCCCCAAACCGGGAAUUUUCACUGUGACUUUGAACGCCACUAAUGACAUCAACAGAGAAACAUACUCACGUGAAUUUACCGUUCAAGACCGUAUCCAGGGUCUGGAGCUCAAGACUAGCAAACAAAUUGCUGCAGUUGGUGAAAACGUUGAGUUUACCAUCUCUGUCUCAUCUGGAACUUCUGUUCAUUUCAUCCUGAGCAUUAGUGGUGAUGCAACUGUUGUUCUGACCAAUCAAACCUACAUCCAUCAGUUCACAAGUGUGGCCAAGUACUAUGUCAACCUUACUGCCUACAACCAAGUGAGUUCAGAACGAAGGACUCUGCACAUUGAAGUCAUGGAGCCUGUGACCAGGUUGACUAUACUGGACUGCUGUGAUGCCGCUAUACCUGUCGGUAUACCUAGGGCUUAUGAAGCGUCUACGCCGACACGUGAUCCGCUGACCAUUCUGUGGACCUUUGACCUUCAUCAUGGUCUUAAGAUCUCUCGGGUUGGCAAGUUGGUGACAUAUGCACCAGAACAGCCAGGCAACCUGACCAUAUUCCUUAGAGCAUUCAAUUCUUUAAAUGGAUUAAAUGUGACCAAGGUUAUACGAGUUCAGAACAUUAUCAGGUCAGCCGCCUUGGAUUCUCAACCAAGCGACACCUUCAUAAACAAGACGGUCAGCUUCCAUGUGGGAAUCACUCCCGUUUCCACUCCAGCAACAUAUCAGUGGGACUUUGGGGAUGGUACUUCUGCAGCUGUCACAACUAUACCUUCUCUUAGUCAUAUCUACAUCCUUCCUGGUCACUAUGUGGUGCGAGUUAAUGUCAGUAACCUGGUGAGCUGGGUUACAGCAGAGGUUAAUGUCAACAUCUCUGUCCUAAAGUGCGACGAACCAGAAGUUCAGAUCAUUCAAGCUCCACGACUCGCCAUCUGGCGUUACCAGCCAACCUUGGUAGAGGCCAAUGUGAAUUUAAAAGGUUGUGGCCUCUAUGGAGUAGAGUACCUCUGGGAGAUUCUCACCUCCCCUCGCUGUCAGGAUGAUGAAAAGAAAGGUCCACCACUGUCUAAGGUCCGUCUCCCCCCAGAAGUCAACGUCCGGAGGCUCCAAAUUUCAGUGCCCAAGAUGUCGAUUCCUGCUGGGAACUACACUCUAGUUUUUUCUCUGUCCUAUGAGGGGGUGCCACUACGGAAGGCAGCGUGUAUUCAACUUUCAGUAAUGUCCAAAAAGCUAGUGCCAAUCAUUGAGGGUGGCACAUACCGUGUGUGGUCCAAAACUCAAGAUUUGCAUUUGAGUGCAGAGCAAUCCUACGACCCGAACCUGGACCCAGAGAACCAAUCCCUGCUCAACUACCACUGGGAAUGUGUGAGCACCUCAAAGGGCCCAGCUCACUGCUCCACUUUGCAUUUUGGGUUGGGUCCGAGCGACCCGGUUCUGGGAAUCUCUGGUUCUGAACUGGAGGUAGAUGUUGAGUAUACCUUUCGCUUGACCGUCAGCAAAGAAGGCAUGACCCCAGAGUCCACAAACCAAACGGUGUGGGUGCAAAGCGGUCGCAUCCCAAUGGUGUCGCUGGAGUGUGUGUCGUGCAAAGCUCAGUCUCGCUACGAGAUCAGUCAGAGCUCUUAUGUGUACCUGGCUGGCACCUGCAAUAACUGUCACAGCUCACACAGAGGGCAUUGGACGGCGAUGACCGGCGGGAACGAGACGCUGGUGUUGGAUCUGAACACCACCACCACGGGCAGCGACAGCAUGAACCUGGUCCUGCGACAGGGCAUCCUCCGCGACGGAAAUUCCUACAUAUUCAGCCUCCACGUGACCGAUGACAGCAUGGACCGCGAGGGCGUGGCCUACAUCGAGCUCCACCCCAACCUGCCUCCAGCUGGCGGGACGUGUUCUCUGUGGGCGGACGGCGAUGGGCCUCAGGUGCACACGCUGCUGGAGAGAGUGCACUUCAACUGCUCAGGCUACACUGAUAUGGACGAGACAGAGUCUCCGCUGGUGUAUAGUCUGCUGGCGGUGCGCUGCUCCAGGCUGUACUGUGAGGAGUUCUGUGUGUAUAAAGGCACGAGUCCAGAACAUUCAGCCUUCCUGCCACCCGGCUUCAGCUCAGCCCAGUACCAGGUGGCUGCGAUUGUCAUGGUGGAGGACCACCAGGGGGCAACAGUCAUGGCCCAAAACAAGUCGAUGGAGGUGGUGCUGCCGGUGGUUCCUGACGGAUUCAGCUGUCUCCCUCACUGGCUCAGCAAUCUGACCGACUCUACCCUCAGAGAGCUGCUCCAUCAGGGAGACUCACAGAGAGUACGGGAGCUAUCACUCGCCCUCAUCACUGUCCUCAAUGAAUAUGAGCAGGGUUUUUCCCGCAGACGUGAGCGUGUGUCUAAGGCAGAGCGUCAGUAUCGUGUGAGCGUCAGAGGAAACAUCACCAGAGCGCUGACGUCACUGGACCUGACCACCGUCAGUGACAUCCAGCAGACAUCAGCGGCGCUCGCACAGUGCACGGCUGUGAGUCGAGAGUUUGUGUGUGAAGAGUGUCAGAACAGCACUCUGGACAAACUAGAGUCGAUGUUAGAGAUCCUGCAGACCGACACCAAACAGGGCACAGUCACCCCGACCGAGAUAGCAGACAACAUCCUCAAUAUCAUGGGUGACCUGAUCCACCAGGUGAGCCAGGCUGCCUCCUCUCCUCCUCUGGGGGCCGAGGACUACGAUGGCCUCUCCCAGCCGCCUCCGCUUCUCUUAGAGGAGCAGCAGCCUCACCCGCUGCGGGUGGCCGCUAAAGCCUACACCCUGUCCUCCGUCCUCAUGCAAAUCCUCAUGCUGGGCCGCGUCCUGAACGAGGAGCCGCUGAUCCUCCGCGGGGCAGAGAUCGUCGCUGCCGGCAAACGCGUCAACCCUCAGAGCCUGCUCUGCUACGGUGAAAGUGACACGGAUGAGUGCCGGCGUUUCUCCAUCCCGCGAGCCUUCAACAGCAGUCUGGGACGGGCAGCAGGGGGCGCUCUGGCGCCCAGCAGCGAGGACGGCAUCGUGCAGCUGCUGUUCCAAGUGGAGCCCAAUCCGUUUCCAUUCAACUACGUUGCCAAUUACACCGUGUCGACGGAGGUGGCGUCCAUGGAGUUUCGCACGGUGAACGGCACACAGAUUCCCAUCUCGGAUCUGGAAGACAGCCAUGCCAUAACGGUUGCAGUUAAUAACGGGAGCGUGGCUGGGCUGAACGGGAACGGAUUGGAAGCCGUCUUGCCACCGGCGGGAGCCGAGAACAUCAGCCGCUGCGGUUCAGUCAUCGUGAGGGUGAGCACGGGGAACACCAACAGACAAGCGGGAAUCUACGUCCAGCUCAACUUCACCGUACUAGACGAUUCUCCAGAGAAGUGGGUAUUGGAUCCAUUCAUCACAGCCUAUCUGCACACCUCCGAAUGGCCCAAUGAAUACAACAGCACUGACAGGAAACGCAUCACGCUCAAUAUGACGCGGGACCUGGACCACCGACUCUACACUUUCUUCUUGUCUCCAAAGUCCUAUGACACCACGCGUGAUCACUUCAUAAACGUGACCGUGGGCUGCGCCGCCGACCAUCAUCAUAUCAUCCUAGGUGGCAGCGUCUUCACCUCGCUGUGUCAGUAUUUCAGCGAAAGCACCAAUCAGUGGCGGACGGACGGCAUGGAUCCGCUUCCCGAGACCACCAGCAGCCUAGCCACGCAUCACACGCAUCAUCUCACCGCUUUCGCCGCCAGCCUGUUCGUUCCCGCCGACGCCGUCUCCUUCAUCAUUCCUGAGCGUUCGGUGACUCGUAGUCUGGUGGUGGUGUUGGUGUGUGUGAUGGGACUGCUGUGUUACGCCGUGGCUGGCGCUAUAAUGCACAAGCUGGAUCAGAUGGACCUGAGACGGGCCUCUGUGGUGCCGCUGUGCGGGAAGGACGGGCUGUACAAGUACGAGAUCCAGGUCAAGACCGGCUGGGCCUACGGAGCAGGAACCACGGCUCACGUCGGCAUCAGUCUUCACGGCAGUGAGAGCCGCAGUGGACACAGACACCUGGACAGCGUCGGCGCGUUCGCUCGAAACAGCCUGGACAUCUUCCACGUGGCCUCCGACAGCAGCCUGGGCAGCGUGCUGAAGAUCCGCGUGUGGCACGACAACAAAGGUCUGUCUCCUGCAUGGCUGCUCCAGUAUGUCCUGGUGAAGGACCUGCAGACGGGCAGCAGUUAUUUCUUCCUGGUUGAGGAAUGGCUCUCGGUCGACAAUGAGAAAACGGACGGCAGAGUCGAGAUAGAGGUGGAAGCCUCAGAGGAGGCGGAGCUGCGCGAGCGGCCGCGGCUGCUGUCCUGGGAGCUACAGAGGGCCGUGUGUGAGAGUCACGUGUGGUUUUCGCUGUGGGAGCGUCCUCCACGGAGCCCCUUCACACGGCUGCAGCGGCUCACCUGCUGCGCUCUGCUCAUGCAGCUCUGCAUGCUGGCCAACGCCGUGUGGUUCGGCACCGUCUCCUACGCCAACAGCUUUACGCCGGUGUCUGCGCUGGUCUCGGUGAAUGCGGAGACGCUGUGGGCGGGGCUUGUGAGCUGUCUGCUGGUCUAUCCCCUCUAUCUGCUCGUCUUCUGUCUGUUCAGACUCAGCCGCAGUAAGGUCUCUGUGGAGCAGCUUCCUCCUCAGGUGGACCAGGAGUCUCUGGAGAUCGAUGACUUCCUGGAUAACUCACUGACAGGAAGCUCUUUUCUGAUGCUGAAUGGCGGUCCUGGAGAGACAUACUCAGAGGAGACCAACAUUGACCUGCCCACGCCGUCCACUAAGAGUCUUCAGAGGUGGAGCAUUCCUGAAUGUGAUUGGCCGGAUGUGUUGACCGACCCGUCUGUGGAGAUGGGGCCGGUGUUCCCGCCGAGGCUCAAGAGAGGUCAGGGCAGCAGACAUCUGGGUGUGGACAUCCCCUUCAGUCCCGACGAGGAGGACACUGUCUAUGACAACAGCCACAGGAACAAAUACUUCUCCUCCUCAGAUGAGGAUCUAAUCAAGCGCAUUCUGGCCGAUGGACAGCUGCUGUCUCAGACGGACAGUGACAUGGGUGAUCUCUCCAGUGUAUUCGGUGAUAAGACGGAGGUGAUUCUACUGCAAAAGAUGAAUGAACCUGUUCCGUGUGGAACAUUUAGACGAGACCCUCCCAAAACUGCCUUUACUUCACGCACAGUGGUGACGGAUGUGUGUAAGCCCAGGCCGUUUCCUCCUCUGUGUGGAUUGGCUGCUCUGUGGGCCAGCUGGGUGGGGCUUAUCCUGUCCAGCAGCCUAUCAAUGUGGCUGGGGCGGAGCUUCAGCGAGGGUGUGGCUCUGAUGUGGCUCAUCUCCUGCAUCGCAGAACCUCUGAAGGUGUUGUUAGAGGGAGUGUAUUUCUCUCUGGUCGUGGGUCGUCUGAGAGCUGAGGAGCAGGAUGUUCUGGUUGACUGUCCUCGUGUGGAGAGAGUGGUUCAGCGGAUCCCGCGAGUCAGGCCUCCGCAGGGGUUCGCUCUCUCACAGGCCCGAGAGGAGGCGCGCAAGGUCCGCCUGCUGCACACCAUGCUGAAGGGUUUCCUGCUCUACAUGUUGUUCCUGCUGCUGGUUUUACUGCUCAACUACUCAGACUCGGGCAAAGACGCCCAUCGCCUACCACUUCACACUCAACUGCAGGAGCACUUCCUCACAGAACACUUCAACAACAUCAGCAGACGUGAAGAUGUGUGGGCGUGGCUCUCAGACUCCCUGUUACCACGGUUACUGGAUGGACCUGACCUGAUGGAGAAGACUGGCAGCCUGCUGAUAGGUCGACCCCGCCUCCGACAGCUGAGAGCUCAGCCAGAAUGCCCCGUCAUUGGCUAUUUCCCAGCAGCCUCGUGGUUUGGGUGUGUCCCGGCCAGGUGGGCGGAGUCAGCCUCAGAAUUGGUGCAGAACUGGAGUAUCAGUACAGCUCAGAACAGCGGUGUGUGGCACUGGGGGCAGGUGUCUGUCUACAGCAGCGCUGGAUUCGUGCAGGAUCUCAGCAGGACCAUGCAGGACUCUAGAGCUCUGAUCAAACAACUCAACACACACCAGUGGCUCGACCCACUGACCAGGGCUCUAUUCGUGGAGUUUCCCCUCUAUAACAUCAACACCGAUCUGUUGGCCGUCUUCACGUUCCUGCUGGAGUUUCCUGUAUCUGAGCAUGCUCAGUUGAGUCUGGACCUCAAAACCUGCAGCCUUCACACGCUCAGUCACGGCAUGGACCUGCCACUGUUCCUCACGCUCCUCCUGCUGGUCUUUGUGAUCUAUUUCUCUGUACGUGAGGGCGUGGUUGCUUGGAAACAGGGGCGUGGUUAUUUCCUACGUUUGUGGAACGUAGCAAGUGUUUGCAGUCUGCUGUUGGCGAUUUGUGUCACCUCGCUACACCUGAGCCGCUCUGUACUGUCCGCCCACCAAUGGGGGUCAUUUCUACAACAACGGGACACUUUUACGGACUUCUUUCCUCUGGCUCAGCAGAACCAGGUUCUGACCCAACUCAGCGCGACUCUGCUCUUCCUGCUGAUUCUCAAGGCAUCACACCAGCUGCGUUUCAUGAGAGAAUGGGGUGUUUUCGGGAGAACGCUAAGGAGAUCUUUCUGGGAGCUGCUGACGGUUGCAGUCACUCUACUCGUGUUCCUGUUGGCAUACUCACACACCGGACACUUGCUUUUCCACUCUGUCAUGGAGGGCUACGGAACUGUUAGCUCUACUUGCUUGAAGUUACUAGGCUGUAAUGGGCAUGGACUGUUGUCAUGGCGACCAGACAGUGGCUCCUCCCCAUGUUCUGCUUCCUGUUUCAUCUUCUACAUUAGCUUCACUCUCCUCCGACUAGUAUUACUGUGGCUUUUGAUCUCGGCGUUGCUAAGGAACUAUCGUCGGGCAAGGGCAGAACUGUACCGUCCAGCCGUUGACCUGCAGGACUAUGAAAUGGUGGAGUUGUUCCUGCGACGCCUCAAAAUGUGGAUGGGGCUCAGCCGUGCUAAAGAGUUCCGGCACAAGGUGCGGUUUGAAGGUAUGGAGCUCCCUCCUUCACGUUCCUCUUCAACUAGUGACUGCAAGUCCUUGUGUCUUCCUCCUCUGGACACUCCUGAGGCUCCCCCAACUCCCGACAGCAUUGACGGAGGAUCUGAGGCCUCCUGGCAUCCCACAUCCAGCAGCCCUUGCAGUUUGGCUGAAGCCCCAGGUCUAGGACUUGGCCUCACUUUAGGUCUUGGGGUGAUAGUUGGAGGCCAAGGCUGGAAAGAGAAAGCUGAGAUGGAGGCAACACUCCGCAGAAUCCUCCCAGCAUUCGAUGCUUUGCUUCUGCAGCUGGACCGGGUAACCCACGCCACAGAGGAACUGUAUCGAACAGAGUGCCGCCUAGAGAGACUGCUGAGGAAGAGUAGAGGACGGGGCAGAGGGGUACGCCGCCACAGAAGUCUGGAAUCUGCAGGACAGAAGAGACAUAGAUACAACGGGACAGACAGGAGUACACAAGUGGCAGAGAGUAGCUUAUGUCCCCCAAGAACUGUAAUAAGUGCACCUGCAUCCGAGAGAAAUCCUCACAAGAGAGAUCGGAGGUCAAGGAAAUCAGAGAAGUUCUCACAAACCACAAGUGCUCUUCCCACAAGCCUCAAUAAGAUGGACUUGAGUCCCCACAGGACCGAUAGUCACCAAAAGACUCAAGAAACCCCUAGUACGAUGGUGGCAGAUGUUGACAAGACUGAGAAAGACCCUUGCAAGGUGGACUCGAGUCCCCUCAAAGCAAGUCCACCUGAGGGGGACAGUAGUCAACCUAGAGGCCAAAAGGCUAACAAGACUUCUCAUAAAGUAAAAGGAACCUCCAACAAGGUGGACCCAAAUUUCCAAAGGGAUUCUGAGGUUGCUGGCUGUGCCAACAAACCAGUCCCUACCCCUGUUCCCACACCAGCGUCUGCUUACUCAACUGCUCCUGUUUCUGCCGUAACUACCCCUGUACCGAUCCCUCGCUCCCACGAGUGGAUUUCUCCCACCAACAGCGAGAACCUUCCCUCCAGCGUUUUCCGGCACCCUGCACACACUACUACGAAUCCCACCCGCAAACGCAAGCACAAACCUCCCCCACUUAAAAAUAAGGUGCACCCCAACACAGACAGACCUAUCUCAGGACACCCCAAACCUUGAGACCCAAAGGUUCCACCAGUCAGUACACAAGUACAGGCAGGAAUUUGGAAUUGAGUUGUAAGGCUUAGGAACUCAAGGAAUGUUGAAGCUCAAUUUCAUGAAGAAAGGAGGACCUGGUGACAGCAGGUUUUGUAACCAGGCCCACAAGAAGAGCGAAAGCAAUACUAGUUGCUUAAAACCAAAUAAUCCACCAUAGCCUUAAGUUCCAACCCACAAGUCCUUUGAUUUUUAACGCCUUACUAAAAGUCUCAAGAUGGAAACUGGGUGCAGGUCACCAUGGUUUCUACAAUCCUCAAGACGUUCCAGUUGAUGCAAGUUGCCCUUUUCCUUCCCCACUUGCAGUGACCUCAAGUCCAACCUCUUGACCCUGGUGGUCAACUGGGUUGAAACCGACAAGAGCACACCUUGUGCUGUUGCAACAACCAAACAAACUCUUGAAAGAGACAGUGAAGGACUACAGCAGCAUGCCUGUUGAUGCAGGAUGGCUAAAGCUUGAUGGUAUUUGUUGUACAAUGUUUUUAGUUAUGUUUGAUGAAACUUACUUUUUUAUGUUGUUAAAGGAAGCUAUCUUAAGGUCAUGGGUAUAUGUAUCGCCCAUUGAUGCAGAAUAGGCACAGCUUAUUCAAAAAGGGCUCACACUGACAAACUCGCACACAUACAGACAUAAAAACACAACCAGAUUGCAGGUACAUAUUUGAUGCCAUUACAUAAAUAUAGAGCUAUGCUUCGAGGUACUUAUGCAUAAUUCAUGCUUCUUAAUAUAAUGGCAUGUUGCGACAAAUAGACACAAAAACAUAUCAGAAAAUAUAUGAACUUGUACAAUUUACCCACCUACACUUAUACACUCACACUAACAUACUUCUGAAGAGGCCAUCAGGGUGCUAAACAACUAGUAAUCCUCAGGAUUUCAAAUAUAUUUCUCUGACAUGAUUGCAUGUCAGCUCCAUUCAGAGGUUUCUCAGAGCGAAACGGACCAGAGGGCAAAUGAGAAAAGAAGAAAUUAGAAGGAAAACUGAGAGUAGGGAAAGCAUGUCAGUAAGUGUGAAUUUAAAGGGAGACCAAAAAUUUGGGAUAACGUAAUAGUAGGACGUGAAAUGUUAGAUGAAGUAAGGAAAAAGUUUAGACAGAAUUAAGACAAAGGUACGUCCCUCAUUAAAGCACAACUCCCAGAAUUCUCUGUAUGGGGAUUUGUUAUUCCAGCAGGUAAAAGCGAUGUUCCAUAAAGCAUUAUUAUUGUUAAGUAGUUUGUUAAUGAAUGAAAAACCAGCUUGUGAUAAAUGGAAGUAUGUUUGUUAAUGCCUUCUAUGAUGUUUUGAAGUUAAUUUAAAAAGCACUUUGUAUUGAUGUUAUAAUAUGAAUGAUUGUGAUGACAUCGGUGUGAUUUAAUUUGAAUGUGUUAUGGAAAAUGUUUUGCAGAAAUAAUAAAAUAAGCUUGGUACAAACAUAAGAGAUAGUUACAACAGCAUUACUCUUCGUAUAAUUUUGCCAAAGCUUGCAACUCAAGUAACAAGAAGUUAACUUAAGUUUCUUUUGAACUUAGCACUUUAUUUCCAUGUCAAGCUUUAGUGCUUUGCCAUAUUUAAACUAGUAUGUACUAUUUCUUCACAUACAACUUUCCAGAACUAUUCUCUUUGAGUAUUAUACACAAGCUGCAUCAGGAUAUUAACUACCAUUCAUGUAUUUGUUUCUACAAUGUGUUGAUUUUAUUUCUUUUGUGAAGUACUAAAUCUUUGUUUACCGUGAUGAUUCUCAGGGACCCUCUUUUUAAAAACCCAAACCAGGAUUUCAUUUUUUUUGUUUGUUGUUUUCGGCUUUAAACAAUACAUGUAUUGAUUUGAUGAUUAGCUUAAGCACUCGAAAAUAUCCACUACAGGGAGUUUUGAUUCUGUCAGAGGUCACUUCCACUACAGUAACGUUCUUAUUCAGGCCAUUCCAGAUGAGUUUUAGAAAGGUCAUGUUUAUCUGUAAAUAUUGGUGUGCCCUUAUGUAAAUAUUGUAUUCGAGUGAGAAUGCAUUGUUUUAAUCUCGUUUGCCUUAACCGCACUGAAUAGAAAUUUCAGUACACAAAAUGGAUCGCAGUAUGCACAAUCAUUUCACACAAAUGCUUUGGCCAAAGGAAAAAAUAAGACCCAAAAAAGGUAUGAAAGCUUUGCUAUUUCCAACAGAACUAUACACAGCAAAAGCAGUCAUUUUAAAAUAUAAUGGCUUUUUAGUUCUUUGCAGGAUAGUAUUAGCGCAGAAAUAUUUCUUUUUGUCAGAAAAAAUAAAAUUAAAAAUCAUGUCUGCCAUUUCAAACCAGUCACACAUGCCAAAACAUACUUGCAUGAACUAUUGUAAAGUCUUAUUUUUUGGUAUUAAAUGCUGAAGGUACAGUAAUGUGUUGAUUGAAGGUUUGACAUUUUGUUUUGAAUUGUGCUGUUGUACUUGUAACGUUGUAGCACUUCGCUUUACAUGCUUUUGCACUUGACAAAGUCAAAUAAAGAGUCUGACAGCUGAG